AACUAAAAACUAAAAACAAAACAAGGAAUUUGUCUCAUGGGCAUUGCCCAAUGGACUUAAAUCAAACAAAGCCCAUUGUCAAAAUAAUAGCAGCCAAUUUCCGGGUUUGGGCCCUUGAGUCUUUUACCUUCUUCAAAUCAGCGGCUUAAACCCUUAACCCUUCAAAUCCACCAUUUCUGUUAAACCCUGAAUCAUGUUCCUCCUUCGUAAAAUCCCCCACAAACCCCAAAAUUCCAAAUCAAUCCUCACCGUCGCCGCCCGUUUCUGCACAACCCAAAUCCCUACCGUCAAUUCUUUUCCCGAUGAGCCCACCGCCGCCUACUACGACCUCCUGGUCAACGCCGCCGGCGAAUCCAGAGACUUCGCCAACCUCCAGUACCUCCUCAACAAGCGCGUGAAGGACCACUGCUUCAACACCUCCAACACCUUCAAGUUCAUCACCAACACCGGGGCUUCCCUCUCCGUACUCCCCGAUCUCUCUCGGACCCUCGCGCGUCUCGACAAAGGGUUCACGCGCAAGAGCGCGUACGACUCGCUCAUCUCCCGCCUCUGCAAGCUGGAGCUAGUCGAGCAGGCGCUGCGGGUGGUGGACCUGAUGGCGCGUGAGAAUUUCGGCCUGAACGCGUGUACCUUCCACCCGAUUCUCAACGUGCUUACAAAGAAGGGGAAGAUGGAAGAGGCGUGGCGCGUGGUGGAGCUGAUGAGGAAAUCCGGAGCUCCGCCGGAUCUCACGUCGUAUAAUUAUCUUCUCAUGGCGUAUUGCUUCUCCGGAGAUUUGGAUCCCGCGGCCGGAGUUUUGUGUACUAUGGAGGAGGAGGGGAUGAAGGCGGACACGCGUACGUACGACGCGCUGGUGCUUGGCGCGUGCAAGGUGGGGCAGGCGGAGGGGGCUAUGGUGCUGCUGAGGAGGAUGGUGGAUGAUGGAGUUCCGGUGCUGCUAUCGACCCACGUGUACGUUAUUGAUUCGCUCUUGAGUCGGGGGUUUUACGCGGAAGCGGUAAAGUUUGUGAGGGGUUUUAGCGGGAAGGACACUUGGUUGGACAAGGAGAGUUUUGGGAGUCUGGCUAAGAGGCUCAUUAAGCUCGAGAGGCUUGGUGAGGCGAAGGAGGUCUUGGAUGAAAUGCGUGAAAGGGGUUUGGUUAUUGGAGAUAAAUUGAAGGAUUAUUAUGAAUCAAAGAUUACAAAUAAGAAAUAAGAGUUCAUAGGA